AUGAAUAAUAAUAACCAACCUCAACCGCCACCGCCUCAACAAAUGUUUAAUCAAACACCACAAAUGCCUUACCAACAACAACCCGGAGGAAGGAAUACAAAUCAACAACAACAAAUUCAUCAACAAAAUCUAGUGCAUCAACAACAAUCAAAUCAACAACAACAACCACAAUUUAAUGUGAAUAAUAUGUCUAAUUUCCCUCCACUAAUGAACCAACAACAGAUGCUAAAUGCUCAACAACAAUUACAACAACAACAAUCAUUAGAAAAUCCUGCAAUUACUACUAAUAUGCGCCCUGGGCUUCAAAGAAAUUCAAAUUUUAGUGCUAGUCCUAAUUCAAGUCAACCAAAUUCAGCAAAUUUACAAUAUAAUCCAAAUUCUAUGAUGCAAGGUUUAAACUCAGCUAAUAUACCAACUGGUUUAAAUUCUCAAACUCAAACACCGUCCAUGCCAAAUCAACCACAACCAUUUAUGAGAACUAAUGUCCAACCACAACAACCACAACAAAAGAAAAUUGUUAAUGGUGCCAAUAUACCCAAUCUACAACCAAAUAAUACAACUCAAGCAUUUGAUUCUCCACAACAAGCUUUUCAAAAUCAACCAAAAUCAACAAUGACACCAAUUCAAAAAGAAACCAUACCUGCAACAGUAACGAAUCCACAACAACAACAACAACAGCAACAAGAUAUAAAUUCACGUAAUGUCAAUAUAGAGAAUGAACAACUCCAGCAUGAAUUAAAUACAAGAAUAAUUAAACGUAAUUUAGGUAAUGCUGCAGCUAUGCGAAUAUUAGAUUUAGUUGAUUAUGUAUCGAAUGAAAGGUAUGAAUCUUUAUCCCAAUUAUCUUUUUGGCAAAGAGUUGUAUCUGCAUAUUUCCUACCCAAUGCAGUAAUCAAAUUCAAUACUAUAAAUUCAAAGAAUUUUCCCAAAAAAUACAAUAAUACAACAUUACAUGAUGCAACUGGUCUCAAUUUUGAUUUUUUAAAUUUAAAUAAAAUUAAUAACUCAAACAUUUCACAUCAAUUUGAAUUAAAUUCAAUUACAGCUCCUAGAUUUUUUGUAAGUUGUAUUAAAUCUGAAAAAAUUGUAUCAUUUCAUGUCAAUUUAGAAAAUUUAAAAUUUCAAGUGUUUAAUAAUGGAUCAAUUAUUGUUGUUUCCAAAUUUACAUUUAAUUAUGAAUAUCAAGAUGGUUCAAUUGCUAUUGUUAAAGGUACAUCUAAAUUUUUAAUGAGCCGAGAUUUAAGAAUUGAGUUUGCUGAUUUAAAUUGUAUUGAUUAUCAAACUUCAAUUGGGUUUGAUGCUUUGGAAAAUAUGUUUAAUGAUUGGAAAUCAAAAGAUUUGAAGAAACAAAAUCCAUUUAGUGAAGCAAAUCGAAAUUUUGACGCUGUUAAUGCUUGUACUACUUUUGGUAUUGAUGCAAAAGCAUUGAGAGUUUUACAAGUGGGUGAUAUAAUGUCGAGUUUAAAAUCUUUAAUGGAAUAUAGUGUGAUGACAAAUACAUUAUCUCCGAAAAAGGCAAUUGAAGCAAUGGUGAAUUCUCCAAAUAAUCAUCAACAAAUGGCUGCAGCAGCUGCUUUUCAAGCUCAAAUGGUAGCUGCUGUGAAUAAUCAUGGACAAUUUCAGCAACAACAACAGCAACAACAACCUAAUAAUUCUCAACAACCUCAAACCUCAUCAAAAUAA